ACCAGUUCUAGUUUCUACACGGGUAGUGAUGCGAUGUUGGUUGCAGAGAAAGCAGCUUUUACAGAACUUUCAUCCAUUUAAUUUGAUAUAAAAUCUGGGAUUUAUUCUGGCGGUCAAUGCGUGGAAGCUAUAAAUAGGACCUAGUACAUCUGUUUUGCUCGUCUUCAUCAGACUUUCGAGACGCACGGAGUUGGGCGCGCGUGUGCAUGGUUACAGGUUAUAGGCGGGAGCCAAAAACGAAUUUAUCCGGGAACCACGGCACUUGAAUACGGUUGGACAGUAUCUAUAAUCGGUGUUUUGGAUUCCCAGGGUUUUAAAUAUUGUCAAACUCGUCCUUAUCAUCUUUACACCCACUCCGGAUGUAUUCCCACAGCCCUGUUGUGUAAUUUAGUUGAUGCCCAGCGCGUUUGUGCGCAACUUUACAUCUGGGUUGUCAGAAGAAAAUCACAAGGAGAUCCCUCGCACUAGUCAGGUUGCCUUGUUGUCAACCCGCCUUAUUGGUUUGCUGCGACCAAAGCGACAGUUUCCUUGAAGGUUUGGAUUUCAGCAAUGAGAGAGCGAUGGGACUUAUCGCAUUAUCUAGCGGUGUUCUUCUCGUUGAUGGUACUGUGGCAGUCAAGAUCAAUAGUGGAAUCGUCUGCAUAUGCUUCAGAGGCCUUCAAAAACAACAUCACUCUGUUCACCCGGAUCUUGGACCGCCUUCUGGAUGGCUAUGACAACCGAUUACGACCUGGACUUGGAGAUCGGGUGACAGAGGUGAAGACUGAUAUUUAUGUCACAAGUUUCGGUCCAGUGUCAGACACAGACAUGAUGAACGUGGUACCUUCAGGCGUUUGGAAAUUGCUCCCAAGGAUGAACCAGACUUGUGGAGGUCUACAAUUUUUUUUCUGAGGUCUUGGCUGAUUUCUUUUGAUUUUCCCAUGAUGUCAAGCAAAGAGGCACUGAAUUUGAAGGAGUACACUGUGGACGUGUUCUUCCGUCAGAGCUGGAUUGACGAGCGGCUGAAGUUCAACGGGCCCAUGAACAUCCUGCGGCUGAACAACCUGAUGGCCAGUAAGAUCUGGACGCCCGACACCUUUUUCCACAACGGGAAGAAAUCUGUGGCUCACAACAUGACCAUGCCCAACAAACUGCUCCGGAUCAUGGAGGAUGGAACACUGCUGUACACCAUGAGGUUAACGGUCCAGGCAGAAUGUCCCAUGCACCUCGAAGAUUUCCCCAUGGAUUCCCACUCCUGUCCACUGAAGUUUGGCAGCUAUGCCUACACAAUGGCCGAGGUGACGUACAUUUGGACUCGAAACGCAUCAGCGUCAGUGGAGGUAGCACCAGAUGGAUCCAGACUGAACCAGUAUCGCCUUCAGGGACAAACUGUGGGGACAGAGACCAUUAAAUCAAGCACUGGUGAAUACACUGUCAUGACGGCCCACUUCCACCUGAAGAGGAAGAUUGGCUACUUUGUGAUCCAGACCUACCUGCCCUGCAUCAUGACCGUCAUCCUCUCCCAGGUCUCCUUCUGGCUCAACCGAGAGUCUGUACCCGCCAGAACUGUCUUUGGUGUGACCACUGUGCUCACUAUGACGACUCUCAGUAUCAGUGCCCGUAACUCUCUGCCGAAGGUGGCCUACGCCACGGCCAUGGAUUGGUUCAUUGCCGUGUGCUACGCCUUCGUGUUCUCUGCCCUCAUCGAGUUUGCUACCGUCAACUACUUCACCAAAAGAGGCUGGGCCUGGGAUGGCAAAAGUGUGGUGAACGUCAAGCAGAAGAAGGAGGCGUCCGCCAUGAAGAAGAACAACGCCUAUGCCGUUGCUGUGGCAAACUAUGCCCCAAACAUCACCAAGGACCAAAGUGGUCUGCCCACCAUCUCCAAGAGCGCCACCUCUGACCCUAACAAGGCCAAGCCAGAGGUCAAGCCAGAGCAGAACAAGAAGACCUUCAACAGCGUCAGCAAAAUCGACCGUAUGUCCCGGAUUAUGUUCCCCGUGCUCUUCGGUGGUUUCAACCUGGUCUACUGGGCCACCUACCUGAACAGAGAACCAGUCAUAAAGGACAUGGUCCCGUCCAAAUGAGUACAAAAUAUUUAUUUUGCAAAGAGACAGGACUCACUUUAUGCUGCCGGCCCAUGACUGAGGAUCUGUGUGUGAGUUAGGCUACAUGGAGCUGUGGCAUGCACUGGAGUCAGUAUGAUUGCUUUCUAUUGCAGGUGCAUUCAUUACAAGGAGAUAGGCGGGUAAAUUUUUAACAAUUUUCUAGUUAAAUUGUCAUUUAUACUUAUAAAAGAGGUUAACAUUAACUUUAAAGUGGUGUAAGGAUUUUAUAUUUAUAUAAAGAAAGAAACCUCUUGAUGCUUUAUCUAACUUCUAUUUGAGGUUCUGAUUAAUGAACCUUAAAGAAAACAACUGCCAUGAUUCAAUCAACACGAGAACUAGUGACCAAAUCCUUAUUAUAACCCUUUAUUGAAGACUCCUGUAUUAGAAAGCACAGACACCAAUUUCCUGUUUUUGUUCCAUUAUUAACCCUCACCAUGCCCAUCAUAUCUUACAUACUGUACAUGUUCACGUUUGAGCUUUUCUUUAUGUUUAUUGUCUCAAUUCACACAUUGGAAGGAAAUGUUGCACCAUUUUAUCAUCACACAGGUACACACAAGUGAGUGUUGAUCCUGCAGUUCCCUACAGUACACUAGACUCACCAUGGGUUCAGGGAUGGAUGAAGGCUCACUGUUCUUAUCGUAGCUUUUGUAAUGAAUCACAGGCUCUAAGACACUGACAGAGGGCAGUGAAUGGACACAAAGUGUAAGUGAAACUUGCAGGAAUGUACUGUGUGUCAAUAUGUAAUAUCAUAUGUAAUAUUGAUGUUUUGUAUUUACAGAUUCAUUUAAUGACUUUAUCAAGUACGUGAUUUCCUGUUGUUUCCAAUUUCAUGAGCAAUGUAGCCUUCUUCUCUGAUGUAGAUCAAAAGACCCAAAUACAUCAUGUUAAAUGCUUUACAUUUAGUGAUAUCAAGUUCAUCAAGUAACACUUUAUUUAGUAUUGCAUAGUUUGUUAACAAUUAAGUUAAUUCAUGGAUUCUUAUUUUUUUGUAUAUUUUGUGUGAUUGAGGGCAUCGAGGUUGUUGUCUCUAUUGAUCACUCUUUCAACUCCAUCAUAUGAUCACAUUUCUGUUUUAGCCAUGGGUGAGGGCACUAUACCAUGGCAUUUCUGUUGUAAGUAAAUAUGUAGUUUAGUGGAAAUUGUUACUGUGUUGUACACAAAUUUGGUAUAUUUAAAGAUGUGGCACAAAAUAGAAAAUAAAAAAAUACAUGUUUAUUGUCACACA